AUGGACUUGACAGACUCUCCUAGAAACUUGCCAAUAUAUUGCAAUCUCCCCAAAUUCAAGACGGAACUCGCGGAAUAUUCCGUUGUCCAUAAAGAGAACACCGGGCCUUAUGCGGCCAACCUCGAUGUUGAUGCUUUGAUUAUCGGUGCUGGAUUCGCUGGAAUUUUCAUGCUCAAGACCCUGCGCGACCGGGGCCUGAAAGCUUUCAUAUUUGAAGCAGGCAAUGAUAUCGGGGGUACGUGGCGUUGGAACUGCUACCCCGGUGCUGGCGUCGACUCGGAGGUGCCAGAGUACGAGUUUUCAUGGCCGGAGGUGUGGAAAACAUGGAAUUGGGAGAGCAACUACCCCACUUAUAAGGACCUUCGGGCUUACUUCGACCAUGUCGACAAAGUGGUUCACAUCAAGAAAGACUGCGCGUUCAACACGGUUGUAGUUGGUGCGCACUUUGACACGGAUAUCGGUAAAUGGAUCGUCAAGACGGAGGAUGGUCGUGAAACGAAAGCCAAGUAUCUUGUUCUUGGAACCGGCUUUGCCGCAAGGCGCUAUAUCCCAGACUGGCCAGGAAUGGAAAAGUUCAAGGGAGUGAUCCAUCACUCCUCGUUCUGGCCUGAUGAAAAAGUCGAUGUGACGAAUAAGCGCUGCGCAAUCAUAGGCACUGGUGCAUCGGGCGUCCAGAUCACUCAAGCCUGGGGUCCAGAGGCCGGUGAGCUCAAAGUCUUCCAGCGAACACCCAAUCUCGCUGUACCCAUGCGAAAGCGACACAUCUCAGCUGAAGAGCAAGAACAAAAGAAGCAAGUCUACCCUGAACUGUUCCGGUAUCGUGAAACGAGCUUUGCUGGCUUUCACUAUGACUGGGCUGAGAAAUGCACCUUUGACGAUUCCCCUGAGGAGCGUGAGGCUUUCUACGAGAAGGUUUGGAGCGACGGCGGCUUUCGCUAUUGGGUAGCAGUCUAUAAGGACAACCUCUUGAACCCGAAGGCCAACCAAGAAUCAUACAACUUCUGGGCGAAAAAGACCCGCGCCCGCAUUGGAGAUCCAAAGCUGAGGGAUCUCCUGGCGCCCUUGGACAUGCCGCAUUACUUCGGGGUCAAGCGGCCCUGCUUGGAAUACAACUAUUACGAACAGUUCAAUCGCCCGAAUGUGGACCUCGUUGAUAUUAAGAACAAUCCUAUCAAGGGCUUCACGGAAACCGGUAUCACGCUUCAGGAUGGAACCCAUCAUGAGUUUGAUGUGAUUGCGGUUGCUACAGGUUUUGAUGUUGUGACGGGAGCGAUGACUCAACUGGGCCUCCAGAGUAUCCAGAACACCAAGCUCCAAGAGGAAUGGGCCCCCGGAGCCAAAACUUAUCUUGGGACAACCGUCAGUGGCUAUCCUAACAUGUUCCACAUCUACGGUGUUCAUGGACCUACCCUCCUGAGCAACGGUCCCACCACUGUUGAGGUUCAAGGACGGUGGAUUGCAGACAUCAUCCAGAAGAUGGAGCGUAACAAGAUCAAAUACAUCAACCCUAAGCCCGAGGCUGCUGACAAGUGGAAGGAUCACGUUGUGGAAAUCAAUCAGCAGACGCUGUUCCCUACGACGAAAUCGACGUACAUGGGAGGAAGCAUCCCCGACAAGAUUUUUGAGCCGGUCUGCUACGCUGGUGGCAUUCCCGCCUAUGUACGAGAGAUCAGAGCCGCACUUGACAGUAUGGAUGGAUUUGAGGUUGUGGGCCACUAA